AUGGCCUCGUUCUCUCUAGUCAUAUUAACAUCCACAAUCGUAAUUUGCUGCAGACGUCAAAGCAGACUCCUCGUCCUCAAAAUGGGCAAACAGAUUCCUCGAGCUCCUCCACUCAAGACCGCAGUACAAGACGCGACUGGAAUCAUCCAGCCUGACGUGAUGUUCUUCGCUGGAGGGAUACACGAAAGCAAUGCAGCGAAACCGGGUGCAAUGGCGGCGUUAAUCCCAGCGACCCUGGUGGGUGCUGCGGUACAAGGAUUGACUUUCUCACCAGAAGCUCCGAUAUUGACGCCUCUGAAACCUCUUUCACCGGCCUAUCAGGCAUCCCAGCCAAUUCAAUUGAAAACAUCCAGGUACUUGGGCACCCUAAGCGAGGAGCUGGCUCUACCUCCGGGUUAUCUUCAACAAAGAUUGAAAAUUCAAAGCCAAAUGACACCCGUCCACUCGUCGUAA